AUUGAGAUUGGUCAAUAUGAAGUGGCUACUUGGUACACAUCACCCUAUCCUAAUGAAUAUUCAAUGUGCACCAAACUUUACAUCUGUGAAUUUUGUUUGAAAUACAUGAAAUCACAUGAUUCUUUGGCAAAUCAUUUGAACAAAUGUGAUUAUUACAAUCCUCCUGGCGUAGAAAUAUAUAAUUCUGGUAACAUUUCCAUAUAUGAAGUCGACGGCAACAUAAAUAAAACAUUUUGCCAAAAUUUAUGCUUGCUUGCAAAGUUGUUUUUGCAGCACAAGACUCUCUAUCACGAUGUCGAGCCAUUUCUUUUCUACAUACUUACUGUAAAAGACGCUAGAGGUAAGCACAUUGUUGGAUAUUUUUCAAAAGAAAAGUAUUGCAUUCAAAAAUUUAAUUUAUCUUGUCUAAUGACCUUACCCCAAUAUCAAAGACAAGGUUUUGGGAGAUUUCUCAUUGGAUUUAGUUAUUUACUUUCUAAAAAGGAGGGUGUACCAGGAAGUCCGGAAAAACCACUUUCUGACCUUGGGAGAUUGAGUUAUCAAGCAUAUUGGAAGGAUGCUUUGGUCCAAUGUUUUGUCAAUCAAAUGCGAAUUAAUGUUUCAAAGAAUGAAAUUUCGAUUCAAGAUAUAAGCGAUAUAACUGCUAUGAUACCUCAAGAUAUCAUCACAACACUUGAAUCAAUGAACAUGAUUGGAAAGUUAAACGAAAAGUAA